UCGGGCUGUGCGUGCGUUGUGUAUUGCGGAAAUGAGAUGACAAGCUUAAUGUUAAACAUAAAUUUCUGAACAAACAGACGACAAACGACUCAAGUGGGAAGGUUGCUGUUCAGAUGAGGAGGGUUUGCCCGGUUGACCCUGUGUGUCACCCUCCGUUGCCAUGGCAACGUCCUAUUUUCCUACAUUCCUGCUUCUUCUUUUUCUGACCUCCUUCACUCUCUUGCUCCUGACCCUCUUGCCUGCUGUUACCCCAUCGAUCCCCUUUUCUUCCUCCUCUCCUCCAUCACCCUGGCCGUCACUCUCCUGCGGCCUGGGUCAGUCCUGGGCUGUCCGGCUGCGCUCUGGCCCACAUUAUGAGGAAGAACCUGGUGAACAGAGUGUGCACCUGGAUAUGAUAGCCAACAGGGUAGCAGAGCAGGCUGGGCUGAGGAACCAGGGCCAGAUUGGACAGCUUGAAGGCCACUACUUGCUGUGUUCUGACAAGCCUGGGUCUGUGGCUGGUGUUUGGAGCAAGCGUGUCCAGCCUGGGGACGUCCUGGCCGCCCACCCUCAUGUAUUGUGGUACUCUCAGGACAGAGUGCUGAGCCGUUCAAAGAGGUCAAUGGCCUUCAAUGAUCCCAACUACCCUGAACAGUGGCACCUGCACAAUUACCUCAGAAAGGGUAUGGACAUCAACGUUACAGGGGUGUGGGAGCGGAACAUCACAGGCCGAGGGGUCACAGUGGUGGUGGUAGAUGACGGGGUGGAGCACACCCACCAGGACAUCCAGCCCAACUAUAGUCCAGAGGGCAGUUACGACCUGAACUCCAACGACCCCGACCCCAUGCCUCACCCAGACGUCCACAGCGACAACCACCACGGGACGCGAUGUGCCGGAGAGAUCGCGGCCGUUCCCAACAACAGCUUCUGUGCCGUGGGGGUGGCCUACGGCAGCAAGGUCGCAGGUAUUAGAGUCCUGGACGGUCCGCUGACAGACAGCCUGGAGGCCAUAGCCUUCAACAAGCACUACCAGGUCAAUGACAUCUACAGCUGCAGUUGGGGUCCAGAUGAUGAUGGACACACUGUGGAUGGACCCCAUCCCCUGGGCAAGGCGGCUCUGCAGCACGGGGUGAUUGCAGGCAGACAUGGCUUUGGCAGCAUCUUUGUGGUUGCCAGUGGCAACGGAGGUCAAUACGAUGACAACUGCAACUAUGACGGCUACGCCAACUCCAUCUACACCAUCACAAUCGGAGCGGUCGAUGAGAAAGGUAGGAUGCCCUUCUACGCUGAAGAGUGUGCGUCCAUGCUGGCUGUCACUUUCAGCAGCGGGGGCGGCAAGAUGAGGAACAUUGUGACGUCAGACUGGUUCAUGCAGAAGGGCACCGGCUGUACGGAUGGCCACACCGGUACCUCUGCUGCUGCCCCGCUGGCGGCAGGAAUGGUGGCCCUCAUGCUGCAGGUCCGCCCCUGUCUCAGCUGGAGGGACGUUCAGCACAUCAUCACCUAUACGGCCACCAAGUGUGACACCAAUGCAGACUGGAGGAAGAACGGAGCAGGUUUCUACCACAGCCACCAGCACGGCUUUGGUGUGCUCAAUGCAUGGAGACUCGUCAAUGCUGCCAAGGUGUGGGAGUCAGUGCCGUUUCUCGUGUCCUAUCAGAGCUCAGUAAUAAAGGAGGAAGUGUCCAUCGCAGCUUAUCCCGACGAGCUGAUCCACACCUGGAAAGUCUCUGCUGCAGACCUGAGACAGUCUGGAAUGGAGACACUGGAGCACGUGGCUGUUACUGUGACGAUAACCCACCCUUGCCGUGGCAACCUAGAGGUUGUGUUGGUCUGCCCUAGCGGUAUGACGUCAGUCAUCGGGGCACGCCGGGCCAUCGACAGAGACCCUGCAGGCUACCAGGACUGGACUUUCUCCACGGUGCGCUGCUGGGGAGAGAAAGCUGAAGGCCAGUACACCCUCAAGAUAACGGACCACAAGGAGCCAGCACUUGAGCAGUGUGCAGCUGUGGGAAUGUUGAAGCAGUGGCAGUUGACCCUGUAUGGUUCCUCUAUGACCUUCAGCGAGGUCAAGGACAGACAGAGGCUGUUGGAGGAGGCGAUGAGUGGCAAGUAUCUGGACAGCAAUUUCUCUCUGCCCUGUCCUCCAGGCCUGGACAUCCCUCCAGAGAUCAUCAGCCCCUUCACCUCCAACAGCCUCAAGUUCCUGCUGUUGUUGGGCUGCUUCGCUCUUUUCUGGUCCCUCUACUACACACUGGAGGUCACUCUGGCCAACCUGGACCUCAGGGGCCUCCUCUGCCUGCGCAGGAGACGGGGAGGUCACCAGGCCAGGAAAGGCCGCAGAGGGAGAGGAGUGGAGGAGGCGCUGGUAGAGGAGGAGGAGGAGGAGGAGGAGGAUGUGGACGAAGAGGAGCGGGACUCUGGGGUGGAGUUGCAUGCAGUGUUGGACUCCGAGGCCAAAGUGCCGCUUUUAAGUGGAGAGCGGCUGACAACAUAGCACUGAGCCAGAUGAUGGGUCUUAAACUUUUCGCUGUCUGAUCUCAUGGGACGUCUCAGGCUUCCACCCUCUCCUCCCUGGUCUCCAGUUCACACUGCACGACGUUUAUAGUCGUCAGAUCCCGGUACUGUUCAUACUACAUAACUAACUGUCUUGGAGCCGUAGUUUUCAUACUACGGGGAGUCACACACUACAAGAUCCGUCACCAUGAGGAUUCCCAGGUGAGUGUGCGUGAUGCGCAGGUCGACUCACAACCUCGCUUCUUCUCUGGGACUUUUGUCAGGGAGCUCCAAAAACCUUCGGCGAGUGGAAAAUCAGGGUUCAUGUCGUGUAGUGUGAACCAGGCAUUAUCUGUGGUGGUGGGGGGGUCACAGUGUAGUCUGCAGAUGGACUUGACUGAAGAGUGGACUCUUUGUCCAUGUCUGCAUUCCCCAAACGUGGCCUUUUAUGAUAAUCUAUGUCGUGACGGUACAUGUGGUGUGUGUGUGAGUUCUUGUUCACUGGUCCCUCGAACAAAUGUCCUCGUAAAGAAAGAUAAAAUGAGGAAAAAUCUCCAAAGUGAGGAAAUUGUAUUAGUCCAGGUGUUUUAGUUCCCACCAGGAUUAGGUUUGGGACCGAAAAUGUUUAAAUGUUGCAGUAUAAUUGCAUGUUUGCAUGCGUCAAAGUGUGUAAACAGGCUUGUCUGCGUGUAAAUGUGAAAGAACUGAGCUUACAGAUUAAUGGGGUACACUUUACUGACACCUGUGGGGUCAUUAAACCAUAAGGUAUGAUAAAAUAUGAUGUGCACUACUGGACAGUAGGAAUCUGCUGUGUGUGAGAGUGUGUGUGUGAUCUUCUGCCCCCCUGAGUGUGUGUGUUGUGACAUGAGUGGGUGUUCUUGUAAUAUGUAAGGUCUUCCUUGAAAGAAUUUGUCCUCAUAUGUGAGGUUUUAAGAGAAUACUGACGUAUUUUUCAAAAUAAGAUUUAUUUUCUGAGGUGAUUUUAAGUCUGGUGUCAUUAUCUGCGGGUUUAUCAACCAACUACUGAUGAAAACUUGAAGUGGGAUUUUCAAGUGUGGGAUUUGUAUAUGUAUUUUUUUAAGAAGUGUAAUAUAUACACAAUGUGUGCCUGCUGUAUAGAUAUCUAUACCAACUGUGUUUAAUGAUUUAUACAAAGUGUUUUUAAGAAUGUAUUAAAGAGCUCUAAUUUUUUAAUGGAAAGGAGCGCUUGGAGUGAAGUUGGAAACUGUGUUUUGCUGUGCAAGUCACAGGUGAUCGGAAUGAUAAUAAAAAACUGUUGAUGGAAUAUCA